UAUCACUACGUGCCUUAUAUAUUGCACUGCUGCAAAUUUAUAAGUUGCUCUGCUUUGUGUUAAGUAGAUUUAUUUUAAUGGCGGAUAACGGUGACAAUGGUGGUGGUUCCGGCGGAGAAGGGUCGCAGAGUCGGCGGAGAAAGAGCCAUUAUCAGCGGCACAAUGCUCAACAGAUUCAGAGGCUUGAAGGGGCGUUCAAUGAAUGUCCUCAUCCGGAUGAGAAGAUGAGAAUGGAGCUGAGUCGAGAGUUGGGAUUGUCUCCGCGCCAGAUAAAGUUUUGGUUUCAGAAUCGGAGGACACAGUUGAAGGCUCAACAUGAGAAAGCUGAUAACUUUGUUCUUCGCUCCGAGAAUGAUAAGAUUCGAUGUGAAAACAUAGCCAUCACUGAAGCACUUAAGAAUGCUGUGUGCCCCGCCUGUGUUCGUCCUGAUCAGUCUGAUGAAGAUGUCUACUUGAAAGAAAAAAAGUUGCGGGAAGAGAAUGCUAUGUUGAGAGAAGAGCUUAAGAGAGUCAAGACCAUAGCUGCUCAGUACAUGGGAAGGCCCAUCUCACCGCUCCAUCUGGGGCAGCCACUUCAUUUAUCACCGAUGGAUUUAUCAAGGGCAAGUUCAGGGCACAAUGGGAUGACUGGUCUAUCGCUUGACCCUGAUCUUCUUUCAGGAAGCUCCUCAACCUUUAAAACUUUGCCAUUCCAGCAAAUUUUCAUUUCAGAUAUGGACAAGUCUCUCAUGAUUGAUGUUUGUCGUAAUGCUAUGAAUGAAUUGAUUAAGCUCUUGGAAAACAAUUCACCUUUCUGGAUAAGGUCAUCAGCUGAUGGAACUGAAGUCCUUAAUUUAGAAGCUUAUGAAAGCAUCUUUCCAAGAGUUGGUAGAAGUCCGUAUGUUCGGAUCGAAUCAUCAAGGGAUUUAGGUGUUGUGAUCAUGAGUGGUUGUUUGGGUUUGGUUGACAUGUUCAUGGAUGCGAACAAGUGGAUGGAGAUUUUCCCUAAUAUUGUUUCAAGGGCAUCAACCGUUGAGGUUAUAUCGACUGGAUUGAUGGGCAGUCGAAAUGGCCAAAUACAGCUGAUGUAUGAAGAGUUGCAGGUGUUGUCCCCAUUAGUGCCAACACGUGAAUACUACUUCCUUCGUUUUUGCCAGCAAAUUGAUCAAACCACAUGGGCUAUUGUUGAUGUUUCCUAUGAUUUUCCCCAAGAACUCCAUUCUAAUUCUCAAUACCGAGCUCGUCGUCUACCUUCAGGGUGCUUCAUUCAAGAUAUGCUCGAUGGCCGCCUGAAGAUUACUUGGAUGGAACAUGUGGAAAUCGAAGAUAUAAGACCAAUUCAUAGUCUUUUUAGGGAAUAUAUAUGUAGCGGGUUAGCAUUUGGUGUUACAAGAAAGCUUUCUGCACUUCAAAGAGCAUGUGAAAGGCUUACUUGUCUAAUUGAUGCUGCUAAUUCUUUUUCUCAUCUUGGAGGAGUAAUUACUUCCCAUCAUGGUAAAAAAAGUUUGAUGCAACUUUCCCAAAGAAUAGUUAACAGUUUCUGUUCUAGCAUCAACUCGGUUAAUGGGCAGCAAGUGAUGCUCUCUGGGAUGAACGAUUUUGAAGUACGUGCAACUCUUCAAAAGUGUACUGAUCCUGGCCAUCCUAACAGCAUGGUUCUUAGUGCAGCAACUUCCAUUUGGCUCCCAUUUUCUCCUCAGAAGGUUUUCGAUUUCUUGAGGGACGAAAGAAGCCGGCCUCAGUGGGAUGUUCUCUCUAAUCACAACCCUGUGCAAGAGGUUGGUCAUAUUGCGUGUGGAUCUCAUCCAGGGAACUGUAUCUCUGUUCUCAGGGCCUUCAAUACCAGCCAGAACAACAUGCUAAUACUUCAAGAAAGCUGCAUUGACUCAUCAGGUGCCCUUGUUGUGUACUGCCCCGUAGACCUACCUGCAAUAACCAUAGCCAUGAGUAGUGAAGACUCCUCAUUCAUCCCUGUCCUGUCCUCGGGAUUCGCGAUAUUACCUGAUGCUGGGAAAAAGCUGGGUGCUGGAGAAAUGGCUGUUGGAUCAAUUGUUACUGUAGUGGUGCAAAUAAUAGUGAGCAAUUUAACUUCCGGUAAGCUGAGCCAGGAGUCGGUGAAUACAGUUAAUAACCUCGUGGGAAACACCAUACAGCACAUCAAAGCUGCCUUGAAUUGCUCUCCUUGUUUAGAUUGAGGUGGAUUAAAUUUGCGUAGAUGUUAAUGCAUGGAUCUUUAUUACCAUGUACAGAUAGUUAAGAGAAGUUGAAGGUUAGUUGAGGUCUCUGAAUUUUUAUCAUCAAUAUUACUGAUGCAAACUUUUAUGGCUGCAUGUUAAUUCUGCUGCUGAUAUUUCUUUCUCCCCUGCCAAAUUUCAGUACUAUUUUCAAUUUUCAA